AUGAAGCUUUUCCUUCUUAUUAUUCUCGCUGUGAUCGAUCUUAUUCUUGGUUUUCAUCGAUCACAAUUUCAUGAAUAUUGUAUCAUUGGAGCUGGUCCAGCUGGUUUACAAUUAGCUUAUUUUCUUCAAAAAGCUAAACGAGAUUAUAUUAUUUAUGAAAAAACCUGUCAAGCAGGUUCAUUCUUUAUUAAUUAUCCUCGACAUCGUCGUUUAAUCAGUAUUAAUAAACGAAAUACAGGAGAAAAAAAUCGAAAAUUUAAUUUAAGACAUGAUUGGAAUUCUCUAUUAUCUGAUGAUGAUCAGUUACGAUUUACACAUCGUUCGAAACAACUUUUUCCAUCGGCAGAUCUUAUGGUUGAUUAUUUAAAUGAUUUUUAUCGUUAUUAUAAUCUUCAUAUUCAAUUUAAUACAACAAUAAAAAAUAUAAAACCAAUAUCUGAACAAACAACAACAUGUGAUUCAAAAGAUUGUUCAUUUUCAUCAAUAGCUCGUUUUCGAAUGAAUGACCAACAUGAUAAUCAAUAUACUUGCGGAAUCGUUAUUGUUGCUACAGGUCUUUCUAUACCAAAUAUUCCACCAAUAAAUGGCAUAGAUUUAGCUAUUGGCUAUGAAAAUCUAUCACUCAAUAUUGAAGAAUUUGAAAAUAAAUCUGUUUUAAUCUUAGGUAGAGGAAAUUCAGCAUUUGAAGUUGCUCAACAUAUUUAUGAUGUUACUAAUUAUAUUCAUAUGGUAUCUCGAUCACGUGUACGAAAUGCUUAUGCAACACAUUAUGUUGGAGAUUUGAGAGCUAUUAAUAAUCAAUUACUUGAUACAUAUCAAUUGAAAUCACUUGAUGCUCUUGUUGAACUUGAUUUAAUGGAACAUGAACUAUCUCGUAGACCAUACGAUGGUCGUAUUCAACUUAAACGUAAAAAAUUUGAUAUGGAUCCAUCUAUUCAAGAACGACAAGAAACAACAAUCUACGAUCGAGUUAUUCGAUGCUUAGGAUUUAAAUUUGAUGAGUCUAUUUGGCAUCCGGAUGUUGAAAUGGAGAAAAAUCUUGGUCGAAUAAAGAAAUAUCCAAAAAUUCGUUAUGAUUAUCAAUCGUUCGAUUAUGAUCAUUUAUAUUUUGCUGGUACAUUAAUACAUUCAAUUGAUUUUCGAAAAUCAUCUGGUGGAUUUAUUCAUGGUUUUCGUUAUAUAACUCGAGCACUUCAUCGAAUAUUUGAAUAUUGUUAUCAUCAACAAAAAUGGCCAUCAAUUAGUUUAUCAUGGUUUUCAUUAACAAAUUAUUUAAUUAAAAGAAUAAAUGAAGCCGAUGGAAUCUACCAAAUGUUUGGACAAUUAGUCGAUGUUAUAUUAAUUGAUAGAAUAAAUCGUCAAUGUCGAUAUCUUGAAGAAUAUCCUGUACGAUUACUUCCACGUUUAGAAGAAAUCACAGGUUAUACAUCUGAUAAUUUAUUGAUAUUAAAUAUGCAAUAUGGAAUGAAUUAUUCUGGAGCCGGUCGUGAUGUAUUUGCAUUUGAUCGUAUUUCUGCUUCCGUAGAUACAGCAGAUCGAUCGAAUUUCCUUCAUCCUGUUCUUUAUUAUUAUGAUUCUCCAUUACAAGAAAAAGAUUUUGAUAAUGUUAAAUCUGGUUUUUUACCAUUGACAUCAUCUGUUCGUAUACAUCAUAUUAUUGAAAAUGUUCUUACAUUAUGGAUGCAUCCUGAUGAACAUAUUUUACCUUUAAGAAUAUUUCUUGAAAAUAUUCUGAAUAUUAAUUUAGAACAACGAACAGUUAUUUCUUAUGCACGAAAAAGAAUGCUUCAAAAAAAAUUAACAAUUCCUGUUCAAUUUUAUGCAGCAAUUUAA